AUGGCAUCAUGGUCGUAUAUCACUCAAAUGUAUACACUUUAUGUGUUUAUUCCAUUCUGGUGUAUAGGUUUUUCUGGUAGCUUAAUGAGUACAAUUACACUUUCGACUUCGCGUAUGUAUCGUACUCAGCCAUGCACAUUCUUUCUACUUAUAUCAGCGAUUACACAAUCUGUGCAGUACUUGGCUGCAGGAAUAUCUCGUGCUUCUGCUAUUGGCUUUGGUUUAGAUUUAACUCUUCUCUCACCUGCAUGGUGCAAAAUAAGGACAUAUCUUAUUGAUACUUGUUUUGGUUUGUCAACGACAUGCGAAUGCAUUGCAACGAUUGAUCGCUUUCUGAUGACCUCACGAGCAGCUAAUCUACGGCAAUUGAGCAACAUCAAACGAGCCUAUUAUAUUAGUGUUGGUGUAGUUGUUUUUUGGACACUUACAUGUGUACCGGAUCUCAUUUUCACUUAUAUAAGUUCGAAUGUUUGUGCCAAUUACAAUGACAUUUGGGGAACUUACUAUACUUAUGUUAAUCAUUGGUUUUUCUGUACAGCAGUUCCGCUGGUUAUUGUCCUUGUAUUUGGUACACUUGCAUAUCGAAAUAUGCACACUUUAACAAAUACACGUCAACUACAAGGAGCUGAUCGCCAACUUACUUAUAUGAUUUUAGGACAAAUAAUAUUAAUUUUGAUUACUAUUAUGCCCCGUGCUUUUUUCGAUGCAUACUCAUCAGCAUCACUUACUCUGAACAAAUCGGCGGAACAAGAAAAUAUUGAAUAUUUCAUCUUUAAUAUUGUCAAUUCUUUAGGUAAUAUCACAUAUGGAGUAACUAAAAUAUCGAGCAGGAUGAAAUUUGAACAAUUACCAAAUGAAAUAGUCGUUGAAUGCUUUCAAUAUCUCAAUGCACCCGAUAUCUUUCAUUCAUUUGAUCGAUUAAACUAUCGAUUUUAUAUACUUAUUCGAAACAUUCAUUUACAUCUCGAUUUUGAACAAGUUAAAAAGUCUUUGUUUAAUGAGUUUUGUCAAACAAUACAAAUAAAUCCGAAAAUAAAACAAAACAUCAUUUAUUUAAAAUUAUCAAAUAUAGAUUUACGUGAACAGAUUGAAUCAUUUUUAUCAUUAUUUUCAUUAAAUGAAUUUAUUCGCCUUCGAUCAUUAUCAUUUAUUGGCACGCUUAAUUAUCAUACUGAAUACGAACAAGUCUCAUCUAUGUUAACCUUAUUACCUGAUUUAUACCGGUUUUAUGCUCCUAGAUGGACGAUAGAAGCAGAAGCUAUAUCUAAAACUAAAAUACAAGUGUUAACAUUAGAAAACUAUCGUCCAAUAUCUAUUUAUGGAACAUCGUCAGUUACAUCAUUAAGAAUUACUUUGUGUACUGUAUCUCAAUUACUAACAAUAUUAAAUUAUACAUCGAUGUUAAAAUAUAUAAAAAUCGACACGAUUAAUGAUUAUGAUAUGGAAGAUGAUAACGAUGUGGACUAUAAAUCUGAUUUUAGUAAGAUAUGUGCUGUUCAUUUAAAACAGUUACAUAUAGAUUAUUCUGUAACUUCUUUUCGAUUCAUCGAACUGUUGCUAAAAUGUACUCCAAACUUGAGAAUCUUUUCAAUCGUUACUCAUAUGGCUCACAACAUGAUUGAUGCUGAUCGAUGGCAGCAUCUCAUCAAAUCUUCAUUACCACUAUUACGUGUAUUCAACUUCAAAUUUGAUUGUUGCUAUUCUGAAUCUUACGAUAAUAUGUUAAUCAAGCUUUCACCAUUUCAAACUGAUUUUUGGCAUCAACAUAAUUGGUAUAUCAAUUAUGUAAUCGAUGACGGAAUACCAUCAGUUUAUACUAUACCAUACAUACCCACUUACUAUACAUUAACAUCUACUAUGAAAAAGUACAACAGUCCAUCGACAAAUGUUUUAAAUGAAUUUGAUAAUGUUAAGUAUUUAUCUUUAUUUGCAAGUGCAAUUAGAGAUGAUUCAUCAUGGUAUUUUCGACAUAUUCAAUCAUUAAGUUUAGCAAGUACUCUUAAUUAUCGUGUUAAAGACGAUGAGUACGAAUUCAAAAUAGAACAUUUGAAGAACAUGAUCAACUUAUCAAAUAUCACAGAACUGGAAAUUACAGAAAAAUGUGCAAUUAAAUUAGAAUUACUCUUUGAAAUAUUAGAGCAAAUGCCAAAUAUAUCAUCAUUAAUCUUAAAGAAACAAAUUACAAGUUCAUUUUACACUAAUCACGAACUCUGUGAACUUUUGAGCAAAAAGAUUAAAAUGUUCGAUUAUUGUAAUCCAACUCCCUAUGAUUAUUUUGAAAUCGAUGAUUUAGAUUGGUUUUGUAAAACAUUUUCAAAUGUCGAAGAACUUCAUUGUGAUAUUGAUAAUGUUGAUGAUUUUUUAUUAAUAUUAACAAAAUGUUCCAAAUUAUCAAUAAUAAAAAUCAAAUGCGUUGAUGAAUCAAUCUUUAAUUGGUUUGAAGACAAUGCAAGAACAUUUGAUGUUUAUAUUAAUUAUAAACUAAAACCUCAUCUAUCAGCAUGUGAUUCAGAUUAA